CCACACAGCUUUUUCUAUCUGCUCCCCUUCCAUGUUUGUCCAAACCCUAGAUCUGUCCCCCUCUUAGGUAGUAGCAGCAGUUAAGUAAUGCACCCAACAAUCAUUGACUACCAUCCCACUUUCCCUCUUAUCUCCCUACAUACCGUUAUGCAUCUGUAUCUGCCCCUCCACUGAUAUCUUGUUAUAGCAUCUUUUUCUUGUAGUGUGAAGUGGCAACCAAAACGGGACAAAAUUGGGAUUUCUCUUGGUUGCUAAGAGAGUUGGGGGGUGGGUGGGGGGUGGGAAAUGAGUGGGACUUCCACAUCUGUAGCAGGGGGCGGCGUGGGGGUGGGGAUGAGAUAUGGGUAUGGUUACAGGCCGCCCUUCACGGCGGUGCAAUGGCAGGAGCUGGAGCACCAAGCUAUGAUAUACAAGUAUUUGGUUGCCGGUGUCCCUGUGCCGCCAGACUUGGUUGUCCCCAUUCGUAGAAGCUUGGAAGCUCUAUCUUCUAGGCUCUUCCAUCAUCCAAGCUUGGGAUACUGUUCCUAUUAUGGGAAGAAGUUUGAUCCAGAGCCAGGGAGGUGCCGAAGGACAGAUGGAAAGAAGUGGAGGUGCUCCAAGGAUGCAUAUCCUGACUCCAAAUACUGUGAGCGGCACAUGCACAGAGGCCGCAACCGUUCAAGAAAGCCUGUGGAAUCUCAAUCAGCUGCUGCCCAUACAUUGUCAACUGCGAUGUCACACAUUACUCCUGGGAGCAGUAAUAGUACCUGUGGAAGUUUUCAAAGUUCUGACCGGAGCUUCCAAGGCAUGCCGUUAUAUCCCAUUGCCAACUCCGAAGCCCUGUCUUUUGGAAGCUCUGCAACUAAGUUGCAGAUGAAAGGUGCUCCUUAUGGGAGAGAGAACAAGGAAACCUGGUAUACCCCCGCCGGAAUGAAUUCUGAUGCAAAUGAACACAAUUUGCCUGGAGAAACAUCUGCUGCAAGUGGUGGGAGUCUGGGGAUGGGCUCAGUCAUUGACAAUCACUCAUGGAAUUCAGUGCCAUUCCAAGUGUCUUCCAGUCCCAUGUUGAAACUGAAAAAUGACUCUCUGUUUCUAGAAAGUUCAUCGCCCCAUGUGCAUCUGUCGGGUGCAUUCGAGCCUUUGAUUGGUGCGUCUGGGGGGACAAUAAAGCAGCAGCAGGAGCAACAGUCCGUUCGCUCUUUCUUCAGCGAAUGGCCAGCAGCCAAGGAAUCGUGGUCCAAUCUUGACAGCGACGGAUCAAAUACAACCCAGCUCUCGAUAUCCAUUCCGAUGACCACUUCUGGAUUUUCUUCUUCUUCUUCAAGAAAUGCCUGUUUGCGAGAUGAUGCUUGAGAUGAUGAGAGAGACAACAGUUCCAAGCAGUCCUCAGGUUGUGCAUAUAUGAAGGCAUCAACAAAGGUUCUCUGUUUGCAUAUGAUCUUUUAUUUAUGUAUGGUUGGCUCACCACAACACUCAAACCUUCAUCUUUGAUACCCUCACCUCAUAAAUAAAUGAAUGAGUGUCCCCAAAUAGCUGCACACUUUAGUAGGACUCUCAUUCUGUUGUGGUAUAUGACUCCAUUUGAGAGGCAGUUGUACUCUCUCACUCUGUCAUGCCACAUUUUAAUAAAUUUGCCAGAGGCUGCUUACCUGCACAUUUGAAAGAUGAUGGUAAUCCUCCGCCGACCUCUCCCUUCUCGCACAUCGUCGUCUUCUCUCACUCUCUAGAAUCGAGUGAAUCGACUCUACAUGACUACAUCCUCUCUGAAAUUGAAGUCGCCCACUCCCUCUACCUCUAAAAUCAACCCCAUGUUCUCCGUCAUCUUCUCCGACUAAAGAUUCCAAGCCUGGUCACAAUCGCACAUUCGCACGAACACAUGGUUUUGUAUUUCUCUUUCUAUCCGAUUGUCAACUAAAUUGUGGAAAUUGCUAAGAAAUUUGGAAUUUAUAAAUUGCUGGAGAUCUGGAGGGGAGUGUUGAGGCUUCUCAAAAGGGUAAAAUUUCCAAUUCCAUUACCUGCUUCAUAAAUUGCUGGAGAUCUG